AUGCUUUCCAGGUCUUCAGCAUCAGGCGCCAGUCGGUCACAAUCGCGCGAACUAUUUCGUACUCUUGCUCGCCCUUCUGGAUCGCGACAGCUCCGCGGACCUGUCAACCGUUUGACACCUACACAGAAACGCACUCUUGUCCAAAAAGCCUCACCUUUGGUCGCGUCUAGCAGGCUUGCGCACCGAAGAAAUACUUCCAACUAUGCGGCGUCACAAUGUCAGCCUCAGCGGAGGUUUGUGUCAGGCCCAGCAUCCACCGAUUCGCCGCCUCAACCCAGCCAACCCACCGAACCGGAUGAUAUCAAUACCCUGAUCGAUCGAAUCGGUGAAAAUGAGGCGGAAAUGGUACAAUUACUUGAAGAGCUAGAGAUUAUGGGCGAAGAGGGUGAAGGAGACGAGCUCAGCGACCUAAUAGGCCAGCGAGACGAACACACCGCGGAGUCAUGGGUACACAUGAUCAAACAACGCUUUGGAGAUGAGUUGCCGGACGGUAUGCUGGACGAUGCCGAGCUUCAAAUAUACGCCCGCCUCUAUGGAGAACCAAUCAUUCGGCAGGAAGUUGAAUCAAUGGUUGAGGAAGAGGAUGAUCUGAGCUUGCUCCGUGAAGACGGACAAGGUGGAUGGGAGGAAGUCGAUCUAAAUGAAAGCGUCGCCGCUAAGGACGAUUUUCCGCUCGUCUAUGAUAUGGAUGUUUCCCCGGAAGAGCGGGAAACAAUUGCUAUGCAACGGACCAGAGAGGUGGCAGAACAGUUGGGCGGCGAGGUGAUGCUCGAGGAAUUUGAGAACGAGGCAGUUCCUGACUCUGCUCCAAGAAUUCACCCGCUUACCCUCGAGGGUAAAUUCGGAACUGAUCCUACAACUAUCCAUCUGCCCAAGGAUACUAUCACUGGCCCCAUAUCGGUCAUUUUAUCAGAGUUUUCCAACAAGCACAUUUCUGACACUGCUCGGCGCCUAUUCGGAGGACCAGGAUUGCCCCAUUCGGAUACGACCGCACCUCCACGUGCCCAAUUACCGCAGCUUCCUGUCGCUCUUCAGGCUUCGCAGCGUCAAAUGGGAGAAAUGGAGGCCAACGCAUACUUAGCAGCCCUGUAUCCCGGAAUCUACGCAUCGUCACUUAGUGUUAUGGUUGAGAUUCGCAAGCGACUGGGCGCUGAUUGGGUCCGCCGUCUCAUCGGACAAGAGGGUGGGCCAAACGUUCUCGAUGCUAGCGGUGGUGGUGCCGGCAUCCUAGCUUGGCGAGAUAUCAUCCGCGCAGAAUGGGAGCUCAUGGUGCCCGAUCAUCCCGCGGGAGCACCCAUCCCCUAUGGGAGGUCAACAGUGCUAACAGGCUCCGAUUCCCUUCGGCUGCGCGCUGCUGCCCUGCUGGAAAACACCACCUUCCUCCCACGGCUACCUGAUUACGUCCAUGUGCGCGAGAAGCCUACAAUUGAUGAUUCGCGGGCUGCCCCUAAACGCAAGCAGUACGAUAUCAUCAUCGCACCGCACUCUCUUCUCGGCCUUGAAGAAGAAUAUGAGCGUAAGCAGCACGUGGAGAACCUGUGGUCUCUUUUGAACCCAAACGGGGGUAUUCUCAUUCUGCUCGAGAAGGGCCGCCAGAAGGGCUUUGAGGCUAUUUCCGGCGCUCGUGAAAUGCUCUUGAAGCGCCAUAUCGCAAGCCCCGGCUCUACCGAAUACGACAACUUCCUCGAAGACCCCGACCAACGCGAGGUCAUUGAGAAGGAGCGUGGAAUGAUCGUGGCCCCCCUGCACCAACCACUCGACCUGCCCGAUGCACAAUUCUUCGGGGGCUACCAAGGGCCGUAG